AUGAUGAAGCCCUUCGCUGCGGUCACCAGCCAGUCCUGCAAUGCUGUCACCAGGAGCUCGCGGUUUUGGAAAAGUUGGUUUCGCAAAGUUAGGGGACUUCUUUUCAGAGUUAUGGGGGAUGUCGAGGGAGCCAAAACAGCACCCCCCCAGGAGGCAAAGGCGCUCAACGGUGGGGAUAAAGCAGACAAUGAUGACGAUGUGCCCGAAGCAGUGCCACUGGGAAGGCCAAUCAAGGAGGAGGAUGGUCGCAAGUUCUACAAUAGAUUUGAAUAUGAAGGGACGGAGUUCAAGUCUCUAGACACUGUUACGCUGAAUCCGGAUGAGGGGAGUCCAGACACCCCAUACUUUGCUCUUAUCAAGGACAUCUGGAAAGAGGAAGAAGACGAAGUGUACAUGACCAUUCAGUGGUUUUACCGCCCUGACGAAGCCAAGAGACGAAAUGGGGAGCUGUACCCUAUCCGCAGGAAGAAUGAGCUUUUCUACAGUUUCCACAUGGAUGACGUCCCGGCGGGGUCCGUCUUUCACAAAGUGCCCAUUCACGUUAUUCGCCACACAAAGAGCUCGGCCGGCAUUCCGGAGUCUGAGUACUUUGUGCAUAGGGUAUAUGACAACGAGCGCAAGAAGUUGAGGGAUCUCGAAGACGAGGAGUUCGAGGACCCGGACAAAAUCAUCAUCGGAAUGCUCAUUGGCAGAGCCGAGGCUGCGCUAGGCGACCUUCCGGACGCGUCCGAAGAGGAGCUCGCCAUAAGCUCGCUGUCCGAGAAGCGUCCGAGCAGCGGGGCGAGCAUCGAGGAUGUAGAAGAGGAGCCGAACAAGAAGCGCCGAAAAAGCGGGCAGCAGCGGGGCCAUGCGAACCCGAACGGCGCAGGGGGAAAGAUGUCGGAGCAGGAAAGGGUACUCGGCGAACACGGGGCGCUGACCGGAGAUACGGCGCGAGACAAGUCGAUGGGCGUCCUCUUGAAAGACGUCGGCCCAUCCCCCGGCGCUUCGGAAGGCGCCAUUGCGGUGCACAUCGGCCGGCUCCAGGAACUAGAGCAGGCGGCGUUCGAGGCCAAGGGCAACGACCGCCGGGCGUACAGCGCGCUGCUGCGGCACCUCAAGUUCAAUCUCAAGCAUGAGGGAACGCUGCGGCGGCGCUUCUUUGCUGGCGAGCUGCCCGCGGAGGUGGUGGUGAGAAUGGACCCCAACGAACUGAAGGAGGGCUACACGGCGGAGGAGACACGGGCCCGGGAGCCCGUGGCGUACGACCCGGAACCCAUUGAGAUGGUGGACAAAACGUGUUCGCUGUGCGGCAAGCGGCAAGUGGGCGUGAAGGACAUCAUCGCCGGCGGCAAGGGCCAGAUCUACCAGCUGGAGUGCCUCAGCUGCGGCCACACGUUCACCACGCCAGAGGCGGACAUCGUCAAAGUGACAGCAGGACCGGUAGACCCCCUAAAACACGAAAAGGACGCACCGUCCGCCAGCAUGAAGUUCUCAAACGUCGAAGCCCAGAUGGAGGCCCAAGAGGAGCUUCUGGGGGGGUACCGUGAGGAGCGGAUUCACCCCCCCGGGGCGGCGGUGUUACCAGAGGAGGUGGCCGGGGGGCAGGGGAGGAGAGCGGCGGAAAUGGGCAGUGGGGGGAGUGCUUUCAAGGAGUCAAACGCGCUGAAAAAUCCAGCGGAUACGGAACUGGGGGGCCCGCAGGCAGGGGGUAGAUUGGGGCAGGCCGCGGUGCAUUCGUCGGGCACUUAAGGAAGCGGUUGGUGGAGACUGGUCGUAAAAGUCAGGUCUGCUUCUGCAAUAAAGUGUCAAAGAAGGGGGGGGACUUACGCUUCCGGCGACACUGCUCCCAGCAAGUAUGGAGAGCUUGCACACUUAAUAACACUUAAUGGCUGCUAGAAAGGAAGCGGGUUCCUCGCAAAAAGUCAGACAUGGAGCAGUUUCGAUGCCUUGAUUGUGGAUCAGCAAAUUUGGGGACUAGCCUGUGAGCACUGAUCUUCAAUGCUCGAUUACCUCUGAAUAAGCUGAAGUUUCCGCAUUCGUGCACCGUAAUCCUGGUGAAACUCGGUUCGCCAAUUCUGGCGC